AUGGCCGUGGACAAAUCGACCGAUAUAAUGGAUGAAGAGAAGGGUCGCGCGAGUGGCGCAAAUGCUGAGAUGUUGGGGGUUAAGAGGGUGUGCGGAUGGAGGAGAGUGGCUUCGAGGAAUAGGGUGCCUGGAGCUGCGAUUUGGUUGGAGAUUACAGUGAUAGCUCUAUUGGUUGUGAUGCUAUACCGACAACAACAUGGGCCUGGCUGUUUAUCAUUGGCGGCUUUAGGGUGGGGAAGCACGUCUGCGAGACCUAAUACUACUCUGCCGUCGUUUGUAUUUGAUUAUGCACCACUUGUUUGGCUUGACGAAGCAGAAAUGUAUUUUCCCUCCGACAUGUACGCUCAGAUUCUCAAUACUUCACCCCGUGUCAACCUCACUUUGAUAUCCAAUGACACACUCCCUUCUCCGCUCAACCUCGAAAGUCUCGCUUCAUUGAACAAAUGGGGCCCCAACGUUUUUUUGACCUCCAAAGUUGAUGUCACCACUAUCCCCGCUUACCUUACUGGCGUCGUUCCAUCCUCAACUACCGGCCGCACCCAAAACGCCAUCUCUUGUUCUGUGAUCCUCUCCGAUCACGGUAAUGGGCUUAUAGACGUCUUUUACAUGUAUUUCUACGCAUACAAUCAAGGAAAUACGGUCUUCGGACAAGAACUCGGAGAUCAUAUCGGAGACUGGGAACACAACAUGAUACGGUUCGUAAACGGAACACCACAAGCCAUCUGGUAUUCCCAGCACGGAAACGGCCAAGCAUUCCUCUAUUCGGUCGUGGAAAAGAGUGGGAAAAGACCCAUUUCUUACUCAGCACGCGGCUCUCACGCUAAUUAUGCUAUACCUGGUACGCACGACCAUACGAUUCCCGAUCUGAAUCUUCCGGCUGGUCUCCUGCAAGAUUACACAUCUCGCGGUACCCUGUGGGACCCUGCCCUCUCUUCCUAUUUCUACACGUAUGAUAUAGGAAGUGCAAGUUUUGCAGCCGCAAGCGAAGGUAGUCCGUUGGGCGCAAUGGAGUUUGUGGGAAAAUGGGGCGAUGCGCAGUAUGAGAGGGGGGAUCGGAGACAGAGUGAGUUUUUUGGUUUUUGGAAGUUUGUGGGGGGUCCGACGGGGCCAAGGGAUAAACAGUUGGGGAGGGUGAAGGUUUGUCCUGAUAAUGGGAUUCUGUGUAUUAUGAGGGAUCGGUUGGGUCCUUGA